CACAAUUCACACACGCGUCAGUGGACGCUGAUCAAUAGCCACAUAGCCAAUAUUAACUGAACAUUGGUAGAUAGAUGUAGGACGCAUACUGAGCCUGACACAGGUGAAACGGUUGACAUUUUCAUCUAUGUUUCUGCGAAAACCGUGUGUUUUACUUGUUGGGCUUCUUAUCAGCUGGGUGACCGGCCUAGAUAAGGUCAGGCUGAAUGAAAACGGUGAGUUUGUUGAUGAUACUGACCGUAUCCUACUGUUUCACGGAUUUAACUCUGUGGUAAAACACCCACCAUGGUACGAUGAACAACUGACGAACCGGACGCAGCUCAAGAUGUUUCAAAGUUGGGGAAUCAACUUUGUUCGACUGGGAGUGAUGUGGUCUGGUGUGAUGCCUAAGGAGGGACAGAUAGAAGAGGAAUAUUUGAAAAAGAUUUCGGAUAUAAUCAGGGUGUGCGCUGAACACGGAAUCUAUGUGCUGAUUGAUCUGCACCAAGAUUUGCUGUCUAGUCGUUUUGGUGGUUACGACGGUAUACCUCUGUGGCUAGUCGAUAAAAUGAUACGUACUCCGACAAACAGACGAUACCCAUGGCCAUUUUCACGUCCGCCUGAAUUUUGGUUCGAAAAUUAUCUAACUUAUGCCUGCGUCGAUUGCGCGGAUCGACUAUACAAAAAUCAUUCAGGAUCGUGGGUACACUGGGGUGACUUUUGGCAAGUCGUUGCCUCCCGGCUCGGUCGCUCAAGCAACGUGAUCGGCUAUGAGCUACUCAAUGAGCCACCACCAGCCAAUUUUUAUGACGACCCGCGGAACGCCUUGCCAGGAUACGUUGGCCACCGCCUGUUGUUGCCAGCCUACGAUUACUUGGUUCAGCGUAUUCGUGAGGUCGACAAUGAGACACUGAUAUUCUAUGAGCCACUGACCUAUGGGGUCUUCCUUCCUCCAAGCCUUUUUGAUACUGGCACUGGGUUUGAUCGGGUACCGGGUUCUCGGAACGAUCCCAACGCGUCUGGCAAGAGCGUCUUGUCUUACCAUUACUACUGCUGGUUACUUCAAAAGACAGAUCCACGAGCUACAAUGAACUUAGCACAAAAGGUCAUUUGCGAUUCGAUGCUACUUCCUUCGGUAUUUAAAAACAGUCGCAAUUCUAUCAGACGCACUGGGGGAGGCCGCUUUUUAACUGAAUUUGGCUUAUGCGGCGCCGACGGUAACCCAGCUUCCAUCAACACCAUUGAAUGCAAUGCGGUGAUGAACAAAGCGGACGAGAACUUUCAGUCAUGGGCCUACUGGGAUGGGAAUUUUUUGGACGCGCACGGUAAUCCAAUUGAAUCGCAGGUAAUGCAAUUACAGCAUCAAACUCAAUGAGGUUAUUUGUUUUCUUCUACCUAUUAGUAAUAGAGGCCUUAAGGCUUGAUGCCCUGAUGCUAAAGAGCACCGAAUUGGAGUCAUAAUGUCUCACAAGUAGAUAAAUCCAUACGAGAAGUGUUGUACUUCAGUGAAUUCAUCCAGAUUUUUGCUCCCACUGGUAUCGGAAAACCGGGCUGCUAGGAACCAGUGUACACACUAUUUUAUGGUCACGGUCACUAAAAUAGAGUCUCGAACCUAUGAAAAGUAGUAUCAUCUUGUGCUGCCGGUGCAUACUACGGAAGUCCCACGCUGUUGGAAAUAGCAAUGUACGAAAGGGACACAGUAUCAGCAGUGGCUUCUAAGAAAUGGUACAACCGUGUUGAAAAGUUCACUACCAGGCUUGUUUUCAGUGGAUCCCCUCAGACGUAUGCACUACGAUUGAUAGGAAUAAAGUGAGCGAAAUGUAUCGGACACCGUAAAGUUCAGAGGUCUAGUUUGUCUGAAUGACAAGGCUGGGUGGAUGGUUCAGAAGCGGUCGAGAACAUGGCAGUGGCGUGUUCCCCGACAUGUGUCAUUGUGGUGGGAUCCAAGGUAGAGGGAGAACCCGGACAAAUGGUUCUUGGGUACACAAAUUUUGACUCCAGUUAUUGUUGCUCACUUCAUUCCUAUCACUUGUGGAGGAUAAGCAUGGAGACCUCCACAGCAAACAAGUUUGUUCACUAACAGCUUCUGAUGUCUACGCGUGGGAUAUUUUUCAUUUGAAACAGUCCAAGGAUCCCUUUCUGUUCAAAGGACUUAAGCAAUACGUUGAGUUCUGUACAAAACUUAUGGUAACGAAUGUAGCAGAGCGUUGCGUAUUUCCUAGGCUGUUGGAAAACACUCCGACGGAUUCGGUUUACUCCAACUAAUGUGGCGUUGAAACUGUUUUGACCGGAACUGCUCUCAGUAGAUGGAUAGAAUACUAGAUCAUGGAAAGGACCGGUAGUAUCGAUUAGGCGAGAUCGCUUGUCAAGUGUGUAUGAUCAGUACUAGGUUCUAUGAUUCAACGGCCGAUGAUUCCUCGGUAAUUGGUUGGCAUGUGGCAGUUUGGUUAGAUAUGAGCAAAGAUUGGAAUCGAAGGGCGGAUGUGACAGAUGGGUUGAAUUUCGGUAUACGACAGGAACAGCGUACGUUGUACGAGCGUGACAUCAUUGCCUAGGGACUUGACGAGCUGCAGCGUACCCGGUGCGUAUAUUCCGUCACAGAAGGCGAAGUGGACACAAAAGAGUGCAAGUGCUUCAAGACGUUUGUGCGACGAAUAAAUACAAAAAAGAAAAAAGUAAGCCAUCAGCAAUACACCGGCACACUGUACCGAAGCUUCGUUGCCACGAGACUAGCACCGGCAGCCAGUCGGCUGAGUACACCACGAGGACGCUCACCCCUCGUGAAUUCAAACCGGUUACUUAGGGAUUGCAAGCCAGGCGCGUAAUCCUUUCGGACACCAACCGACGACGAAUAAGCGCAAUGCAAAAGAGGCACGUCCAGUCCCAUUGGAGCGGCAAGUUGGCGCGACUAAGGCAAAAAGUUUGUUCGCGUCCGACCCGGAAGAGUACGUUCACCAUUGCUCCUCGUUACAAUUGGAUAAGAAAUUGCUGGAGGCACUUUCACUCGGUGCAAAGUUCUGCCGUCCUUCGUGGUAAAUCAUGAUAACUGGAAUUAGAGGUUUAUUACGAAACUUGUAUUCACAGUUUUCUACGCUUACGCCUUCGUCAGCAUUAGCGGCUGAGCAUGUUAAAUCUACCAUGGUCAACAAGUGUUACAAGUAACUGAAGCGCAAACUCAAACUCAGGUACUUUCUGGAAAUAUAGCACUUAGACGAUCCUAAAACGCUCAUACAAUAAGAGUGUGUGCUGUUUUCAGGGUUAGAUAAAGCGGGAGGAUUAAUUUUUUGACAAAACGAGAGCAUCUCCUCACGAUGUAUGUCAUUCUCAUCGAUCACACAAAGUUCCCUAAAACGGAGGAUGAGGGACAGAAGAGCAACAGCCAAAAGACAGUUACUAAGCUUCUGCUACGCUUGAAGCAAGAAAGUGCGAUUGACUUCAUUACUUUCGAACACAUUUGGCCCACAGAGACACUAUUUCCGAGACUUGACCUCCUACCGAAAGUACAUAAAGAAGGGCUUCUACUAGUACCCAUAGUGGACAUGCGCAAAGCACCGUAAGACGAAACACCCAAGUAGCUGUUCAAGUUCAAGUUCACGUUCAAGUGGGACUGGAACGGUAGGACGAAUCCCGUAAGUGUUCCUUCUUGAGGGGGUCGUCGAUCCAGGAGUUGAUAGGGGUGCUCCGACUUCUUGAUGGGUCUAAAAAGAAAACACCCGAAAAACACCUUGCUGCACCAAUUUAAUGCCCACGUUCCGUACCUUAGCUGUUCCUGCUAUGCCAGUUACGUAAAGUAAGAGAGGAAGAAAAAUCGAAGGUAAAGAUUAAGGGAACUCAAUU